CUGUGUUGUAUGAAUGUGAAGCUGGUCUGAGAGCCCCGGAUGUACUCGACAUGAAUCAUUUUUACGUGACUUUUCCUUUGACUUGCGUGUUUACUGAAAACUUUUCUGCCGUUCGCGGAAGCAGCCGGUGACGUGUCGUCACGCGGGACACCCCCAGCUCCCGCCCAGGUGAGCAUCUUCCCGACGGGGCGGGGCUUUACCUGCCUGCUGCUCUUAUCUGCUCCCGUGACAGUCGAGAGAGUCGAUAGUUCAGGUCCGACAUGAAGAAGUCUCUCAGCGUGUCGUCUGAAGGCUCCCUCCCGCCGCUGGAGGACGAUGUGGACUCGGUCUGCUCGGACGAGCUGCUCGGCUCUCAGUCCCGCCGCUGGCUGGCGGACCUCCUGAGCGGGGACAUGUCUCCUCCGGACGGCGGAGACGUCAGCGUGGUGGGCCGGGACGGGCUGUUCGUGGACUACCACUUCCCCCUGGGAGAGCUGGAGAUGCAGUCCAAGGUCCAGUGGAAACGACCCAAGGAGUUCUGUGCGUCGCCUCAGUUCAUAGUCAACGGAGCGACGCGUUUGGACGUCCGCCAGGGAAAACUCAACGACUGCUGGCUGCUCUCUGCCAUCGCGUCCUUGUCCAUGCAUCGUGUCCUCCUCGAGAAGGUCGUGCCUCGGGGGCAGAGCUUCCGAGACGGAUACAACGGCUGCUUCACCUUCAGGUUCUGGCAGUACGGUCUGUGGGAGGAGGUCAGGAUCGACGACCUGUUGCCGACUCAGGACAACCAGCUGAUCUACCUCAGCUCCCCGGACAAGCACGAGUUCUGGAGCUCCCUGUUGGAGAAGGCCUACGCCAAGCUGAAAGGAGGCUACAGAGCUCUGGACAUGGGCUUCCCUCACGAGGCCAUGGUGGAUAUGACGGGCGGUGUGGCGGAGGUUUUGAACAUCUCGCUGCUGCCCAAAGACCUGCCGGCCUUCCUCAGACAACUGCUGGCCAGAGGAGCCCUCAUCAACUGUGCCAACUGCCAGGGUCCUUUGGAGCAAAGGAGCGAGCUGGGGAUCAUGUUCAGACAUGCCUACUCUCUGACUGCAGUAGAGAAGGUGAGGACGGCUCACGGCACUGUGGAUUUGGUGCGAAUCCUCAACCCCUGGGGCAACACGGAGUGGGAGGGGCCCUGGAGUGACAUGAAAGGUCCAGAGUGGAACACGGUGAGCAUCGAGGAGCAGAAUCGGCUGGACAGGGUCCGACGGGAGGACGGGGAGUUCUGGAUGUCGGUGUCAGACUUCCGACAGAACUUUGAGGUGAUGGAGGUUUGUCACCUGACCGACGCUCUCGGCAAAUCGGGAUCCAGCGUGCAGCCGUGGUCCUGCAUAUUGCAUCAUGGGAACUGGGUGCCGUCCGUCACAGCAGGAGGCUCUCCGCAAGGAGGGUGGUUCUGGCAGAACCCUCAGUUCUGCUUCGACCUGUCGGAGGUGGACAGCGGUGCAGCCAACUCUCAGAAGACCUGCUCCUUCAUUUUGGCUCUGAUGCAGAAACACCAGAGACGCAGGGGCGUCGACCUCGCCAUCGCCCUGCACGUGUACCAGGCCCAUCCGAGGAACGCCCACCUGUCGUCUGAGGACUUGCGUCUGCUCCGCCCGGUCCUCUGCAGCCCCCAUUACUCCUCACGUCGGGAGGUGGUUCUCCGCGGCUCCCUCCCGCCUGGCCGUUACGUCAUCAUCCCUUCGACCGCCGAGGCCAACCAGCAGGGAGAGUUCCUCCUGCGCGUGCUGACGGAGCGGGGAAACACCGCGACUCCAGCUCACACAGCAGCACAGGACGUCCCCUCGGCAGCAGAGGUUUCAUUUCCUCACCAGGUUGCCCUUCCUUCUCUUAAAUCCACCCAACUCCUGUUCAAGAAGCACUGCAACAAGAAGCAGUUUUGCAAACCGUUGCACCUCCACAACCUGCUGAUCGAGGCCAUACAGGGAGGAGCGUUGGCCGGCAGUGAGAAGUACUUGUCUCUGGAGCACUGCAAGAGCAUGGUGGUCCUCAUGGACAGCCAAGGCAGCGCUCAGCUAAACUGGCCCGACUUCCAGAGUCUGUGGGACAAGAUCAGGAGGUGGACGGACAUCUUCCUGGUGUUCGACAAGAACAAAACCCAGCGCCUCGAGUACCAGGAGGUGGCCCCCGCCCUGAAGGCAGCAGGCAUCGUGGUGGAUGAUCUGAUAAUGCAGCUGGUUGGACUGAGAUACACGGAGCCCGACUUGACCAUCAGUUACCCCGGCUUCCUGUACCUGCUCAUGAAGCUGGAGAGCAUGAUCCACAAAUUUCAAGCGUACGACAUGGUGGGAAUGGGAGCCAUCACUGUCAGCUACAGACAGUGGCUCCACAUGACCAUGUACAACUGACCUGAUUUGCUGAGACGGAUUCAUCUGGAUUUUUAUCUUUUGUUGACUGUUUUUCUUCUGUUCCUAUGAAUGAUUAGAAUGUUUAUGUUUCAGAUGUAUGAAAGUAGAUGUACAGUAAAGUUCCAAAGCAAAAACAAAACUUUUGUAGUUUUGUAUUUCUUAUGCCGUUUAUUUUCCCUCUUGUGUGUUGUCAUCCUGUAACAGCAACAGUGGAAAAAUCUUUUAAGAGCUUUUUUCAGUCGUGUAAACAUCUGAGGUCAAAGGCUGCUGUGCUGCACGGUCUGAGCUCCACAACCCGCCUGCUGUGGCUGACAUUUCUUUGAUUUCUCAGUUGGAUUUUUACUAUUUAGGCGUCUUAAGUGGGACGUGCAGCCAUCAUUUCCCCACCUUUCAUUUCACACUAAAUGAUCCUUUUACCCUGCAGGACAGCUGCUUUGUACAUGAUUGUCAAAAAUGUUUAUGAAGCAGUGUAUGGGAAGUUAUUUCAUUUGUCUCCUUUGGCAAAAUGUUUCAGUCGUUGGAUUUCAUCAUAAUAAAGAGACUCUGUGAA